GAGAGUGUUCUUCCCUGCAGGCGGGAUUCCCCCUCCUUGGGUGCGCAUCCCUUCAUCCGUGCGUCCUGCCCUGCACCUGCCCCUCCGGGCUCAUGUCUUUCCCUGCAGACCUUCCCUAAAUGAGCGGUUCUUCCACGGUCGUGCGCCCUGUUUUGCACUAUUUAUGUACACGAACAAGCCCAUCUGUAUUUACCAUUAAUAUAUACAAGGAUAAAAAGGAUAUAAGAAAGAACAAGUGAUGCUAACCAGUUUUACAGAUGGCAAACUGAGCCCCAGGGAGAUGGAGGUGCCUGCCUUGGGCCACAUAGGGAAUUUAUGCCAGAGCUGGAAACGAAUGGUAAAGCUCUCAGAUUUCGGUUCAGUUUCCAACCAUGAAACCUUAUUCCCUUUAGUGCUAGUGAAGUAAGUUGCUGCUUGUUGCAGAGAUGUGUCAGGCAAUACAGUACAAUAUUUUGAGUACCCACUUUGAAUAUGGUGCUUACAGUUACUUUGAGUUAUCCCUGUUUUCUACAGGAAUCCUGGGCUCAGCAGCCCCAUAGGAGUUGUGAAAUGCUUUGCUCUGGAAAUAACAUUCAGCCAAAAGAGGAUCACUGCUGCUUGGGGAGCUGCAGAGCAUCUGUGCCACUUAGUGGAGCAACUCUGAUUUUUUCAGGCAGAGGACAGGAGUAGUAAAUGCACCAUUAGUCACUGUGUUAUGAAGUCAAUGUUUUUCAGCAAUUUCUCAUUUAACUUCUACAGGUAUGCCUUAAUAUACUUUCCUUUAAUAAAGAAGGAUGUGGUACUCACCAAACGACUUUCCAGGAUGACCCAGGACAAGGAUACAGAGCAAAAGAAGGACCCAAAAAGGCUUGGGAGUUCUUAGCAAAAAGCUAAGGAGGAGCUGCAGGCUUGGCUUCUUUAAAGAACUCAUGAGACAUGAGGGAGUUAUGGAGCCCUUGCACAUGAUGAAUCAUGGAGGAUUUGGCCCCAAGGUCAUAGAGCAAACUUCAGAUGAGCUGCAGAGGGGAGUGACAGAGGGGCUUUGGUGGGGGCCUGGAAUCCAGCCAGCAUCAACCUAUUACAGAAGUUCACCAUGGGAGGGAAGGAAUGGGCAGAUGUGUGCAGGAGGUUCUAGGUGUGUGAAUCAACCUAUCGUCACUGAAUCAUCAGUUUAAUCUUGCUAACUUGACAACCGUUCUAUGCCAGCCUGUGUCAAUACCAGACCAAGGUGCUUCUGAUCAACCAGAUCAUUCAGAAAUUUUUAAAAAAGAAACCUUGGUGGGUAAAAGAUGUGCCAUGGAAUGGUAGCAUCAAAGAGCAACACAGGAUCAUCUCUUGCCUUGACUGGCCAUGGGUUAUUUCGUCUGCUAGUUAUCUUUGGUUCCUUUAUCUUGGAAGUACAGUCCACAGGUUGGCUGAGCAAAUCCAAAGGACCUGCAUAUUGUCCCCAGCCACCACAACCUGAGAAUGGAGGCUAUAAAUGCCACCCUAGCCCCUGCAACAACCCUCUGACUUCAGGCAGUGUCAUAGAGUAUCUGUGUGUUGAAGGUUACAUGCUGAAAGGAGAUUAUAAAUACUUGACCUGCAAGAAUGGAGAGUGGAACCCAGCCAUGGAAGUCAGCUGCAGGCUCAGCCCUGAAAAGGACUCUCCUCCAACUAUUGGAGUGCCCACGCUGUCCAUAGUAGCCUCCACAGCAAGCUCUGUCGCCCUGAUUCUGCUGUUAGUUGUGCUGUUUGUUUUGCUGCAGCCAAAGCUGAAGUCGUUUCAUCAUAGCAGGCGAGACCAAGGUGUAUCUGGAGAUCAGGUCUCUAUUAUGGUGGAUGGUGUCCAAGUGGCCUUGCCAUCCUAUGAAGAAGCAGUAUAUGGCAGCACAGGGAAUUGCAUUCCACCCUCGGACUCCCGAGUGCAGAUCGUGCUCUCAGAGGGAGCUGGACAGAAUGGACCUAGAGAGAUGCAGCAGCUGGACCAAGGGGCUCACAGUACCUUUGAAAGAGAAGAUGAAGCCCCUGGACAUUCUGGACUGUGUGAAGCCAGUGGCUCUCAGCGCUCUGAAACUGUUCUUGUGCAUCAGGCUGCUACCUCUUCUUGGGUAGCUGGCAUGGCUAGCAGUAGACCUGUACACAAAGAGGUCCAGGAUUCAGAAAGCAGUGACAUACAGAGCCUUUUAUCACUCACUUCCUCUGAGGAAUACACAGAUGAUAUUCCCUUAUUGAAGGAAGCAUGAGGUCUGCUGUGUUUGUCUAGUCUUCUCCAUCUUGGAUUUCUUCCUCUUCCCCUCUCCCUGCCUUUGGGACAGAAGCACUCUGUGCAGUCUUCCCCAUCCUUGCAAGCUGUACCCUGGAUACCUCCAAGAAGAGAUGCCCUCAGCUGAAGAUCCCAAAGGAUGUCGCCAGGUUGCCUCCUGGAUGCACCAGUGGAAUUGGUGCAGCGCUGGCUUCCCCAUUCCAUCAGCAUCAGGGGCUCAAGGAACAGAGUGGAUUUGAGCUCUCCUCUCCUCUUCCCCAGCCAGAUGUUUGACAGCAGUCUCUGAAGAGCUGCUCUUUCUUGUGCCUUUCUCCUCCUCACACUGGCUUGUUGCAGCUUAUCAGCCUUUCUAGCCCUUCUGCUGCCCAGAGAGCAGGGGCUAAACCCGCUUGCUCGCUGGGUGCAGACACAGUUUAAAUAUACAUACAUAUAUGUUAUAUAGCCUCUUCUUCCAGCAUCCUCUUUGUGAUAGGCAGGGCAAAACGCCUCACUGAGAUUGGGCUUGGGAGGGAUCUCAGUUAAGGGGCAGCUUGUGAUGUCUAGAAGCACCUCAGAUGAGAUGGGCUGUGUGACAGCUUAGCCAUGCAGGAACAGUUCACUGCGAAUUGCUUAAGCACUGAAGGCUGAGAAGUCCAACAUGUAGGAAUGCCCUCUGUCCCAUCUCUGCAGGAGUCUGUUCCUGAAAAUGACUUUUAUCUCCUCUUUCUUCCUCUACCAGUGCUGCCCACUGGAAGAGGUUCAGGUGUUUGAAAAUACCAGGACAAAAAAAUGCCUGUAGAUCGUGAAUUCCUAGUGCCAUUGGUGCAAUCCCAAAUUCCUUUUCCAGCCACAGUAGGUACUUGAAUCCUGGGUAGCUGCCAUCUCACAGGCUGGUGUGUCUUCCUAGCUUCAUACAGCAAAGGGUCUGCUGUUCUAACCUGAUGGUCUCCAGCAGCCCAUAGAGAAGGGCUCCUCCCUUGUGGCUGGGGGUCAGCAGCAUUUGUAAAGCUUCUCCUAAACACAGUGCCAGCCUGUUGCUGUGAGGGAAAGUUGAGUAUACUGACAGCAGUGCUAGAGGACACCACAGCUCAGUCCUGAAGUUUUGAGGAUUGUUUCAAAUUCUCAUGGUAGGGAAGAGAAAAUUCAGAAAUGUGUGUAUCUGCCUGCCACGGUUACCUACACCAGGUCAGACUGUCCGUGUUGGGACCCUAUAAUUGCAGGAAGCCACAUUUGUCUGGGGUAGGUGGUCCAGUCCAAGUGCUGUGGUGGUUGUAAGGUUCCUCACUGAGGUCUGGACACUGUUCCAUGGGAUUGGUUUCAACAAGUAGAGUUGGCUUCCUAGAUGCACGUACCUUGUCAUAACUGUCUU